AUGUUCCUUACAGCGAAAUUUAGCCAGUUGCUCGGAUAUGCUUCUAUGGGGUGUUGGCUCGGUGCCCAAUUUCCACAAGUCAUAGAGAAUCACAAACGACAGUCGUGCGAGGGCCUCGCCCUACCGUUCUUGUGUAACUGGCUGCUCGGCGACUUUUCAAAUUUAAUUGGUUGUUUGCUCACCCACCAGCUUCCCUUCCAGACUUACCUUGCGACCUACUUUUGCAUAGUGGAUUGCUCGUUGCUGGCUCAAUACUUUUACUAUGGUGGAGGGCCAGCAACACCAUCCGAGGUUUAUGUACGCACACGGUCACGGACUAUCUCCACUGCUCGUCGACUCUCAUUAGACGCAUCGCACUAUCGCACAUUAUCUGCAGUCGCGGGAAAUGUUGCCGCAGCUGCAGCAUUAGCCGCGUUCCCCGAUCCACUUCCUGAACAUCGUGUCACACGGAAGCAUCUUACGGACCAACCCCUCGAUGGCGCAGCACCCCAAGUUGCCGAAGAAGCGCAGGAUGAGGUUGAUGAUGCUGUCUUGUCCGCACUCUCAGAAAGUUUCCACUCUGGGCGGAAACGCGUUUCAUGGAGCCAAGAACGCCGUGAUCAUCAGCCGAGUUCUCGCAGUCAGGCGCCGGUCGUUCCCAAAUCAUUGCAAAUAACAUCUCAGCGCGAGUUCGCAGCAUCUGCACGGGGUCGUCCAGAGCAGCGUGUGGCAGAUGUGGACGAGGUUGAGGUUGGGGUUGAGCAGCCCGGCUCGCGUGCAGCGAGUGGCCAUAGGGCCAGUUCGCGUGCGAGUCGACGCGGGGCAAGCAUGGUCUUGCUCGGAUUUGGGGCGCUGUUUAGUGUUGGAGCUCUAACCAACGCUCACUCCAGAUCUUUUGCAGAGAGGAGUGACAGCAUCGGACGAGUGCUAGUGGAUGAGGUUGUUUUACCACAUCCAAUGACAGCAUCUUCCGUGCAGGAUGCGGCCUACCAUUCGUCAUCAGGAGUUGUGACGGUGGAAUUCCCUUUGACACUUAGCCAGAACGAGCUGCAAUCUCAAUCAGAAGAGUCCCCCUCAGCGGAACGUAUCAUUGGACGAAUAUUUGCCUGGCUGUGUACUUCACUGUAUUUGACUUCUCGGCUUCCUCAGAUAUGGAAAAACUAUGCCAGGAAGUCUGUUGAGGGACUCUCGAUGUAUCUCUUUGUCUUCGCUUUCCUUGGCAACUUUUUCUACGUCUGUUCGAUCUUGACAUCUCCAGAGGCCCACAUGCCUCCACCUGCAUCAACCAAAUUUUUCAAGGAGAGCAUCCCAUACCUACUGGGAAGUGGCGGCACGUUCAUUUUUGAUGUCACUAUCGUGUCCCAAUCCUUUAUCUACCGAGGCAAGCCUCCGCGUCGGCGGGGCCGUGGUGCAUCUAUCGCACACAGAGCUUCCCUCGCUGAAGAGCAAGCUUGUUUGUUAGGAGGGGAUGCUCUUUCUGGUUCAUACUACGGUGGUAGAAGUGCAAGUGUUGUACGGCACUCCAGGAGUCGGACCUCCGCGCCAACAAUGCGCAUCCCAUCACCGUCUCCACCAGUUAGCAACCAACAAUUCGCGGAACCGCAACCUGAUCAUCUCCGCGCCUUUGUACUCGAUUACCUCUGCCAUAACUGUUACACAGGGACUGCGCAGGCAUUCGCGAGGGAUACCGCCGUAAGGCACCUCGACAAGGAUGGAGACGAAAUCACGUCGCCUGACAGAAGGUUGCAGGGGACCUCAGCAGACCUGACGGAUGACGGCCUCCGGAGAAUACGGCGUCGUGAAGAAAUACGAACAGAAAUUCUCUCGGGGCGAAUAGAUGAGGCCACUGACCUCCUGAACGAGCACUUCCCCAGCGUCCUUGCCUCGUCAAGUGGAUCAUCCUCAGAAACGUCGUCUUCCAUUGAUUCUUCGCCUGACCGUAUAGAGUACACCUCCCGCACAGUCUUGGACCCGACACUCCUUUCACUUAACCUCCGUAUUCAUGCUUUCAUCGAAGCCUGCCGUACCCUCCCCCUUCCCUAUGUCCCGCCUCAUCGGACGACACCCGUAGCGACCCCAGAACCCCCGACGAAUAUAUCCCGUGCCCCUGACCCUAUGGCUGAUGAGCGUUAUCAAACAGAGCUGAUACUGCGUGCGCAAAAGCUUUAUGCGCUGGUGGAACUAUUACAGAAACCAGAAGACCGAGCAACGUAUUUGAAGGAACUAGAGAAUGUCGGCGGCCUUCUCGCAUACAAGGUGCCAGAGCAUAGCCCGAUGUCCAAAUAUCUUGACCAGGCAAGACGAGAACGUGUUGCAGACCAGAUCAACCGUGCAAUACUCUAUCACAGCAACUUACUGUCUGUGUCUCACUUGGAAGUUGCCGUGCGAUAUAAUUCUUGUCUCUGGGCAGCAUUGAACGAACUGCAUAUCAGAGUUCCUGCAAACUCCAGUAGACCUGCAGGAGUCAUCCUUCCACCAAAGCCUCCCAGCAGGAGUGCGUCAACUUCAGGAGAGAAGAAACCGACUGUUGAGUACUUGCCACCAUUUGAUCUGGGCUUAUUUCUUGAUGCUCGGGUAUGA